ACACACACACACAGAACGGAGAUCUUCACAAUGCUGCAGGUUGAGGCUCCACCCCCGAAACUAGCCCCGCCCUCACAUUCGGCUGCAUCUGUACUUAUAGCCACGCCUCCACCCACAGACCUAGCAGCUCCUGUUACUGAGUCUAUAAUUACAGCUCCGCCCUCACAGCUGACUCCGCCAGUAAUUCCCACAUCUCGCACACUUCCUCCCUCACUAACGACCUCACAUUUGGCUCCACCCACAGCCCAGCCUACACCUCAGGUGAGAGCCCCGCCUCAAGACACAGAGCUGUCUGCGUCCAGAGCUCCGCCUCCACAUAAAGCCCCAUCUGAAUUCUCAAUACCUCCAGGAGCUUUAACAUCACACUCACCUCUGUCCAUAACUCACACCUCGCAGAAUUCUUCUGUCACACUUCCUCCCGAAGGCCCCGCCCUCAUUCUCAACCCCUCCCCCAUGCCCAUCCUCAUGGCCCCAUCCCCCUUCAUCGCUCAGUCUUCUCUACAACCACAACUUUCACUUCAGCCUCACUCGUCAGGUGAACCCCUCCAUCCUCAGCAGGUGAAAUUUGACCUGAGCCUAAAUGUUGACAUCAACCCUCCAGUAGGAGGCGCUAAUCUGAGUAAAGGAGCUGCUGAUGAAGAGUCAGCUGUGUGUAUGUUCAGACUGUGGCCUGCAUGUCCAUCUCGUCUGGCGUUAAUUACAGCUCUGAUUCCAUUCUUCAUCAUCGUUAUCAUCAUCACCAUCACAGAGGAGUUUGUGAGAGUGCUUAUGACAGGCACGGAAAGACCUUCCCGUUUGGAGAUGGUGUAG